CCUCGCUUGACUCAUCUGCACUUCCCACUCCCCUCCCGCCAUGGCUGACGAAGAGCUUCUCCCCACCAACACCACCGGCUACAAGGUCGGUGCCAAGAAGACCGCUGCCGAGCUCGCCCAGCUCGACGCCCAGGAUGAGUCCCUCCGCAAGUGGAAAGAAUCCCUGGGUCUGGGUGCCGCUGGUGCUGCCUCCAACGACCCCAGAAACGUCGUCGUUCUCGCGCUUGCUAUGGAGGUUGUCGGCAGAGAGGAUGUUAUCCUCGACCUGUCCACCCCUGAUGCCCUUGGUCGCCUGAAGGACCAGUCCAUUUGCAUCAAGGAGGGCAUUGAGUACAGACUCAAGGUCAAGUUCCGCAUCAACCACGAUGUCGUCAGUGGUCUGAAGUACAUCCAGAUCGUCAAGCGCGGCGGUAUCCGCGUUGAUCGUAUGGAAGAGAUGCUUGGCUCGUAUGGCCCCAACACUGCUCCCUACGAGAAGAAGUUCAUGGUCGAGGAAGCUCCCUCUGGCAUGCUCGCUCGCGGCCACUACAACGUCAAGAGUGGCUUUGUCGACGAUGAUGGCCACACCCAUCUUGAGUGGAACUGGGCUUUUGAUAUCAAGAAGGACUGGGAAUAAGCAUCGGAUUGUCGAGUCCCCCCCCCACACACACACCGCCAGAAUGUACCCGCUCCUCUCUCCCUCCCUCCCUCCGCCUUGCACUAUUCGAAAGCCUGCUCUUGGCAAUAGCGACAAUGGCGGCGAUGCUGAGUUUGUCCGGUAAAGUCUUGCCCAAAUCUCCCUGUUUUGAAUGGGUUGGUUGGCAACGGCGCCAGUCUGGACUGAACCCAAGGCACCGCUGUCGGCGUCGUCCAUCCCAAGCGGCAUAGCUUGAGCUGUAUGAAUUUGUAACCCAUAAAAUAUACACAUACGAAUCCAAUCAAA